AUGUCCCUUCCUAAGAAUAAUCUAGAUGAUGUUCUCAAGCGCCGGUCGGCUACAAUCAACUCUCCAGCUCCAACAUCGCAUACGUCUCUAACUGCUCCCACCAAGCAUAAGUUCAAACCGGCCCGGUCGCUUCAAGAGCAGCAGAACUUGCCUGCUCGCAAAGCUGCUUCCACCCUAGCUACUUUUGCGACAUCUGGUUUCAAUCAACGCUUGGCGUCAACUAAGCCCACACCGGCGAAAGAGACAUCGACGUCACGAACCGGCUCAGAACAGGGCAGAUAUGCACCCUCGACUCCUGGGCCAUCCCGCUCUUCAGUCAAGCGUUCGUCUUCGGAUGGCUCGCUUCCACAAGACUUGUCGCCAUCGAUAAAGAGACAGAGGAAGGAGAGGGAAUCGGAGAAGGAGAAUAUUUCUGGAGAUGGAGAAGUGACUCGGGCAUACGAUCUCUCUGAUUUCAUGCACUUGAGCGAGGAUGACCCAAUUCUGAUUCCCGCCCAAGUCAGCCGUGUGCGACGAGAAGAGAUUCUUAACACUCCUGUGGGACAACCAUCCUCGGCGGAAUCCGUUGCUCUGCCAAUCGAAGAACUACAUAGGGCGGACACCGCGACCCUGAAAGGAUGGCUUGAGUUCAACAAAGAGGAGCUAUUGAAACGCCAGCAAGAUUGCAUUGACCAGUUCAGGUCCUCUUCCAAGCAUACUGACUUGGCCCUGCUAACGGGAAUAUGCAACUUCAUCAGGAAGCGGAUCGACGACAUAGAUGCUGUUAUCCAGAGUCGGAAGAACAGCAUGGGGAUAUCAGAUUCGUCGGCCCAUUCACCAGCUUCGUCGAUAACCGCUUCCGACGCGGAUGGUCGGACAUCGCCCCCAGGCCGAUCCUACGACGUGCCGAUCGUCGUGGACGAAGCUGACCCUUCGGCGAAGCCUGGUCAAAGACCAUUAGGCAAAUUCCCCACUUUUGCGGACCUACAACGCCCUCAGGUAGAGCGCGUGGAAAACCUUGGAAGUGACGAUGAACUGUGGGCCACCGUCGACGGAAAUGGCGACGAUGGACAACCUCCUCAACUUCACGGCUCAUCGUCAGUGACAGCAACUGCCAGAGCGGAAAGUCGGGUUGAUACAUCCGCCGGGUCUGAAUCGGUCACUGGCACUUCAGUACUUAAGAC